CCGCCCCCGGCCGUCCCGGGGGGGCCUCCCCACCCCCUGGACUUCGCACGGGCGCCCCGGCGGGGCCGGCGGCAGGCGGGGGAGGGGCCCGCGCUCACCUCCGCCGUUCUUGUAGCACAGCCGCGAGGCGUGUGGGAUCUUAGCUCCCCGACCAGGGAUCGAAGCCGCACCCCCUGCAUUGGAAGCGCGGAGUCUUAACCACUGGACCAACAGGGAAGUCCCCGUUUUUAUGUUUUAAAUAAACUUUUUCUAACAGAAUAGCUUUAGAUGCACAAACUGCAGAGAUAGGAGUGAGAGUCCCCACACACCUACACACAGCUUCCCCUGUUACUAACACUCUCCAUCGUGUGGUCCCUUUGUUAAAAUAAUCAACCAAUAUUAUACAUGAUCAGCAGCUAAAAUCCAGAGUCUUUUUUUUUUUUUUUUGCCCUGUGUCCUGGAGCUUGGAAGCUGCCAGUACUGAAGACAUGACACCGAGGGGGCCAGAGUCCUUACAUUACGUGGCCCAAGACCACACGCCUGAUCCCUGCCAACAAAAGGAGGGUUAAAGUCCAGAGUCUUAUUCAUAUGUCCUUGACUUUCCCCUCACCUCUUUUUUCUGCCCCAUGAUCCCACACUGCAUCGGCGUUGUGUCUUCUUAGGCUCCUCUGGGCCGUGACUGUCCUCGUUUUUGGUGUUGUGGCGAAGGUCCUGCAGGACCCCUCAGGGUUUUUCUGGUGUUUUCUGUCAUGAGUAGACAGGGUGAUGCUUACUGAGAGGAGGACCACGGAGGCGAAGUGCCCUUCUCAUCACAUCCCAGCAAGACUCCGUGCUUUGAACACGACUCCCACUGUCCGUGUCGACCUGGGUCACCUGGCUGAGGUCCUGUUUGUUCACCAGGUGUCUCCACUUUGAAUUUAAUCUUCCCCCUUCCCAUCCUGUCCUCUUGGGAACAAAGUCACUAGCCAUGGCCCACGCCUGAGGAGCCAUUGAGAAAAACAGGAUCCGACAAAAACUGGUUAGAGCCAGUUAGGCCCAAGAUGGUGGAAGACUCACUUCCAGCAGACCUCGAGCCUCAUUGUAAUGCAUUAACAUGCUAAAUGACACCCCACAGGUGCCACGACAGUUCCCAGGCUGACCAUAAAAGGCCAAAAAGAGGGCGAUGGCCCAGUUCCUGUUGCUCUCCACCCCUUCUCCAGAAUAGUUGGGACAACCCUCCCACUCCCAAAGAGCUCCCCACUAAGAUGCAUAUUAGAUAGCUGGGGAAAAUGUAGACAGGAUGGUUUAAGAAAAAUAAUUAAUUUUCUUUUGCAAUAUUGCAUGGCCCCGUACAAACUAGGGGACCAAGAGAUCUGGCCAGAAAACGGGUCAUUGAAUGACAAUACCGUCUUGCAGCUGGACCUGUUCUGUAAAGGAAAGGUAGAUGGGGUGGGAGUCCCAUAUGUUCAAAUGUUCAUGACCCUGUUCUAAGAUCCAGGUCUAAAGAGCUCCCGCCGGGUGUGCCUGGCUCACAUCCCUUCAAAGUUCCUUCUUCCCCCACGGGAGCCUGAUGUUUUAGGUGAUCCCCUUAUGAGACCACCUCCCCGAGGUCCACAACCAGGAACUCCUACCCGGCCCCCCCCCACCAAUUCUGAGGAGGGACAGUCUUCCGGCCUGUUUACCCCUAACGCCACAUCUGGACAGCUAUGGGACCCCAAACACCCCUGAAUCAGCCCACGGAUUUGGCCUUUGGAGUAUUCAACAAUAGAGAUAAGGUUGAAGAGGUAAAAAGGGUUCAGCGAAAAGCACAGUUAUUGGUGGCAGCCCUAACCCCUGCACCACCUCAGGGUUACCCUCCCUUACAGAAGCCCAUGACGGGGACAGGAUCCAGGAAGCCUGGAUCAGGGCCACCGUCUCGCCAGGAAAGGAUCUGUUUUAAGUGUGGCCAAGACGGCCACUGGAAGGACAAAUGCUCCCUGUAUGGGAAAAGUCCACUGGGAUCCUGCCUGACAUGCAAACGAGAGGGCCACCGGAAGUGGGACCACCCCCAGUCCCGAUGGGGACUCUGAGCCCCCAAACCAAUGAUGGCCGAGAGGACCUAAGACUGUUGGGGCCCGGGACCCUCCCUGGCUCCCCAAGGACACCUGGUCCUUUCUCUGGAGGAGCUGAAAGUGAGCGGGCCCUGUGGGGCUCCCGGGCACGGAGGCACUUUUGUCCCCCGUUUCUUGUAGGCAAGAGUCCAGCCUCCGUGACCUUCCUUGGGUUCCAAAAGGGAGAGCUGAACAGUUGCUGAUCAAGGGAGAAGCGGCCAAGAAACCACCUGAGACGAGAUUAAAGGGACCCGAGAAGCUCCUCCAGAUCAGGACACACCACCUGAGGCGAGAUUAAGGGAGUGAAAGCCCUACGCACACCCCGAUCUUGUCAGGAACCCUGACUUUGAACCGUUGUUAUAAAACCCCUCCUCAAAUCCUCGUGGGCGGGGGACACUUAGCUUUUCGAGGCAGGAGCCCGCUGUGCCCCCCUUUGUCUGGCAGAGCAGUAAAGCUCUCCUUUUCUACUUCCCCCAAAACUCUGUCUCCAAGAUUUGAUUGGGCACCGGUGCACAGAGACCGAGCUUUCGGUAAAGAGCCUCUGGUAACCUUGACGCGGACGGUAGGAAGGUUAUUUUCUUACCAGCUAUGGGGGCCGCCUAGUCUGUGCUGACUGAUGGCUCAGGCCCCGCGUCCUCCCAAUCGUGUAUGAUAAGACCAAGCAAUUCAGCGUGCCCCCCCGCAGCUGCUUGCUAGGAAGUGGGACCUUCACACAUCAGCUCUGCUCAUGCCUGAGUGCCCCGUCCCUGAGUGCCCCGUCCCUCAGUGCCCCGUCCCUCAGUGCCCCGUCCCUCAGUGCCCCGUCCCCCUGCUGGGAAGGAACUUGCUCACUGAAUUCCAGACAAUAGUCCAAGCUGGAGACCCUCACGGAGAAGGCACCCGCCAAGAAAAAUGAUUGCUCUUGCCCGUGGGAGCCUGCCUCAAUCCCAAGCCAGAGGGGGUCUCCCCUCCACCCCAGGUUGUUUCUCAAGUGAACCCCGCUGCCUGGGACGCAGAGGUCCCUGGCGGAGCUGCUCUCGUCAGGCUACCUUUAGAAAUGGGACCACGUGAAGCUGUAGGCCAGCCUCGAGGGCCACGAUCAGAGAGCUUCUUAAACCCAGGGAGGAUCCUCAAAAGUGUUUAUAAAUAAAUUACCAAAAUGGGAGGCCACUGGUCUGACUAAACUAACCAUCGCUGAUAGGAAUUUGGGGUGAAGGAGGCCUUCUCCCCUAAGCUAGAUGAGGGCAAGUAAAACAUUCCAACAUAGGUGAAUGAGGUGAAUGAGUGUGUCAGUCUUUUGAUAUCACUGAGGUGGCCACUCAAUUCUUUGAGGAAAAAAAAACCUCCUUGUUUUAUAACUCUAGUCUGUACAGGAUCAGAGGUGGAGCUCCAGAAAGAAUCCACAUCCCACCAGCCUUUACCACUCCUCAAACCUCCCCUCCUUAUCUUAAGAGGCUUGUAAGUACGGAGGGAAAACAAUUUUUUUUCUGGCCUUAAGGGAACAAAGUCAUCCUAGAAGGAACUUGCCUUUUGCUCCUCAGGCCUUUGAGACACAAAUGCUCUACCUGCCCUUCUCCAGGAGCCCAUAGCUCUGCCAUCUCUUUAAAGUGCACGUUUUGAGCAGCAGAAACGAACACAUUCACCUAAUGAAGGACAUCUUGGUUGCUCCAGGUUUUGCCCCUUCUGAAAACGCUGCUAUGAACAUUUUGUGCUCGUUUUUCUGUGGACAUAAAAUUUCAAAUCCUUCGAGUAAAAUACCAAGGAGCGCGGUUGCUGUAUGGUAAGAGUAUGUUUAGUUUUGUAAGAAACAGCCAAACUGGCCGCACCAUUUUGCAUUCCCUCCAGCAAUGAAUGAGAGUUCCCGUAGCUCCACAUCCUCGCCAGCAUUUGGUGUUGUCAGUGGUCCAGAUUUUGGCCAUUCUCAGAGCUGUCCAGUUUUCCCAGCACCACUUAUUGAAGAGGCUGUCUUUUCUCCAUUGUAUAUUCGUGCCUCCUUUAUCAAAGUGUUGUUUACAGAGCUAACAUGUCACAUUGUGAUACAGUCCAAUUUAUCAUUUCUUCUUUAAUGGACCAUGCUUUUCAUAUUGCAUCCCCAAACUCAUCACCAAGCCCAAGACAUGCUGCUGCUCAAGAAACAGACGGAGGACAUCAGCAGCGUCUAUGAGAUCCGGGAGAAGCUCGGCUCGGGCGCUUUCUCCGAGGUGGUGCUGGCCCAGGAGCGGGGCUCCUCACACCUUGUCGCCCUCAAGUGCAUCCCCAAGAAGGCCCUUCGAGGCAAGGAGGCCCUGGUGGAGAACGAGAUCGCGGUGCUCCGCAGGGUCAGCCACCCCAACAUCGUGGCUCUGGAGGACGUCCACGAGAGCCCUUCCCACCUCUAUCUGGCCAUGGAGCUGGUGACGGGGGGCGAGCUGUUCGAUCGCAUCAUGGAGCGCGGCUCGUACACGGAGAAGGACGCCAGCCACCUGGUGGGGCAGGUCCUUGGUGCCGUCUCCUACCUGCACAGCCUGGGCAUCGUGCACCGAGACCUCAAGCCUGAAAACCUCCUCUAUGCCACGCCCUUCGAGGACUCCAAGAUCAUGGUCUCUGACUUUGGCCUCUCCAAAAUCCAGGCUGGCAACAUGCUAGGCACCGCCUGUGGGACCCCGGGCUAUGUGGCCAAAGACUUCAUCCGGCACCUUCUGGAGCGAGAUCCCCAGAAAAGGUUCACCUGCCAGCAGGCCUUACAGCAUCUUUGGAUCUCCGGGGAUACAGCCUUUGACAAGGACAUCCUGGGCUCAGUUAGUGAGCAGAUCCAGAAGAAUUUUGCCCGGACCCACUGGAAGCGAGCGUUCAAUGCUACCUCCUUCCUGCGCCACAUCCGCAAGCUGGGGCAGACCCCGGAGGGGGAGGACGCCUCGGGACGGAGGGUGAUGAGCCACGGCCACCCGGGCCUCCGCACUGGCCAGCCCCCCAAGUGGUGACACCCAGGCUGAGCGCACGGACCCCCAGACUCCCUUCCAAUGGACCCUUUCAGUCCCCCCCACCUCCCCCUCCCGCCCCAGGGCACCUCUGCGGUAGAGCUUGAGCCCUGUGGGUGUGGUGCAGGGCACUGGGGUGGGCGCUGUUGGGGCACGUCCACAGAUUUCCCUCCCCUGUCGCUGCCACACCCCGUCUAGAGACCAAGAGGCCCAGGGGCUGUCCUUCCCGUGCUGUUCUGUGCUUUGCUGACUGUGGGUGGUCCUGCUUGUGUCGUGGCCCUCCAGCCUCCCUCCAGUCUUCCCCAAAUCAAUAAAGACAGACAGAGCAAUGGGCAGUGGUGAGCUGGGGGGAGGGAUGAGGGCUGGGAAGGAAACCAAGGAGGCAGGCCACCUCGCCCGUCACCACCCGAACUUCUGCUCCCCCCAUCACAGCAGACAAGCUCCGGGUUGUCCAAGAACUUCCUGUCCCCACUCCCCGACGUGCCGGCAAGAGGCAGCCGAGCUGGCCAGCUCUGCCACCCUCGAGGUUGGCCUGCGUGUGGCUCUGGGGCCCUGGGCCGGGCUCAGGGGCGAGUGGAGCCCCGGGUGCUGUAGCCAGGAGGGCAACCAGAGUUCCGGGCUGUCUUCACCCCCCUCCCCGCCCCCCCUCCGUCUCCCUUCCUUCCCCUGCUUCCCGUGGCCGUGGCCGGACAGAGCAUUCCCAGAGCACGCCUUGCACCGAAAGCCUCAGCAGCCCGUCUCUGAGGCUGGAGGAGGGGCCCCUCGUCCAGGAGGGGGCGCUGCUGGGGCCUCAACCUCUGUGCUGGGUCGUGGCUUUGGCACCGCUGGGCUCCAGGCCCUGGGGACCCCGGGCUGGGUGGGUCGUGGCUUCCGGUGUGAAGAACGGUGGCUGGUGUUCUGGUCUGUGCAGCCCCUGCCCCUCACACCCCCAUUCUGGAUCGGGUAGGGCUCCAGAGCCCGGCCUUGCUGGGCACCAGGCCUUUACUGGCUCCGCUUGGCCUUUGUCCUGCACCCAUGAGGGGAAGGCUCCUAGGGCCUCUCCUCGGCCCCGGUCAGGGCAGAAGCAACACCCUCACGGUUCUGGCUGAGCUGGCCACCCCUUUGUCCCACCGUCACCCCUGCCCACUGGUCCCUUCCAGCCUUCAUCGCAGAGCCUGCUGGAGAAGACACCUCUCCACGUCGACCUUUGGGAUCUGAAGGGAGAUGGCGAGGCCCAGAGCAGGGCUGGCCUGGGUCUCGGGGGUGGGGCUGGAGCAGGGGCCGGGCUUCCGCUGAGGAGGGUAGCCACGCACAAGUCUCUCUCCGGAGUUCUCCUCCCAGCAUCCUCCCACCCCCUUCCGUGCACAGCCGCGCAGGCCCCUGAGCCCGGGGCAAGUCCCGAGGGGUAGGCAGCUUCCCCCUCUGUCCCCACGGCCAAUUCUAGGCCAUCCUUUGCUCUAGGCUUUGGUGUCACACAAUGUGGUCCCACCACGCCAGCUCCCCUUUCUCUGUCCAUAGCCCGGGGGACCUCAGGCUGCCAUAACCUUGGCCCGGUCUCUACAGCUUGGCCUCUUCACCUCCAACGACCUGUCCUGCCACCUCAGACGUCCCCUUCUCUGGCUCUCCUCCCCUCUUUUGGUUGUUCACAUUGGCCUCCCAGCACACUCACGUUUUCUCGCUUUGCCAUCAACAUUGAUUGGGCCUCUACUCUGUGCCAGGCGCUGAGCCCACCGGCCAAGGUGCCCACCGUCACGCAGGAGGUCCUGCAGUGGAGGGAGUGGGCUUACUCAGGCGGUGGGAAUGAUCCGCCCGGGGAAGGUAGCAGCUGGCUGCUCAGGGAGGCCUGAUCAGGAGUGCCAGAGCCAGCCUUCCAGAAGCAACCACACUCCUUCGGAGACAGCCAGCUCUUCCAGCCCAGGCUGCAGCCACAUCCUCGCUGUGGAGUCAGAGUCCGGCCCCAGCUCCGGCCGCAGUGACACAGGGCGCAAUUUGAUCUUCCGCCAGCAGGAGGCGCCACAGUCGCAUUUUUCCACGUCCAUCAGCCACCUGUUGAUCCUUCAGCACCUGGGGCAGCUGCUCAAAACCAUUUCUCCUCCCCCCUCCCAAAUCCUGCCCCAGGGACAUCCUAGCCUGGGGGAGAGGCCUACCCUGCCCAUCUAGGAGCAGGGAGACGGGAGACCCCCAGGUCGGGCAGCGGCGUCGCCGUUCAUCCCUCCGAGCCCUUCCCAUCUGGGGGGGGCAGUUUGCGAGAAGAAAGCUUUGGGUGACCCAGGCCGUGGGAGCAUUUCGGGCUCAGGGAAGAGCAGGUGCUCCGGUACUGAGGCUGCGCCGGAGGGACGGAUCAGACUGGAGCCUGGUGAGGUGAGAGCUGGGCCUCGGUCUUUGAGCUGCGAUGAGCCGCUGGCGGGGUGGGGGCCUGAGAGCGCCCUUGUCCGGGCUGGGGAGGUGCUGAGCUGCUGUUGAGUCUGGAGCCGGGGCCAGAGGACUGGCCUUCCCAGGUGUCAGGGACCAGACUGGGUUUGAGGGGGGAGCCCUGUGGGCAUCACAAGAAGAUGUCUCCCUCAUUCUGGGCCACACAGGGUGGGCCACACGCUCUGUCCUGGAGCGAAUCUGUGGCAUGCGGGAUCUAGUUCCAGACCACGGAUUGAAACCCUGCCCCCUGCAGUGGAAGCGCGGAGUCUUAACCACUGCACCGCCAGGGAAGGCCCAGUG